UGUGGCUGACCGCCGCCCCCGCCCCCCCCCACGAAGGCACCCAAAACCUCCCGGCGCUUCCUCGACUGCUCAACAAGCCCAGCGGACACAGCAGAGCAGCUCCACCCAACUAGGGCAGAAAAAUGGAUCCAUCCGCUCCUGGCUUUCAGGGGGCCCAGCCUCCUCCUUACACCGAGACAACCGGCAUCCAUUCUGCUCCGUACCCCCAGCCCUAUCCCGUCCCGGGGCCUGGACCAAAUAUGAAAGGCCAACAGGCACCGCCAUAUGGCAUGCAACCUGGAGUCAUAGGAGGUCCCCAGCCAGUUACUGUUCAGACGGUUUACGUCCAGGCACCGCUGGUCUUCCACGACCGUCCCGUCCAGAUGAACUGCCCUGCGUGUCAAAAAACCAUUUUGACGCGCCUCUCGUACACCUCUGGGGCGCUGACCUGGCUGGCUUGUGGCGGCCUCUUCCUGGUGGGGUGUGUCGCUGGCUGCUGCCUCAUCCCCUUCUGCGUGGAUUCGCUUCAAGACGUUGACCACUACUGUCCCAGCUGCAACGCUCUUGUCGGCACCUACAGGCGUCUCUGAGCAACAUUAGGCGCGCGCUUUUUAAAAUAUAUGCUUUUUUUCCUUUUCUGGAGUUUAUGGAAAUAAUUUUUUCCGCUGUGCCUUUUUUUGCCUCUGAAGAUUUCGGUGCAAGAAGAACCUUUGGCCAAGAAGUGGGAUGUGUUCCUCCAGCCUCACGUCCAACAAGUGCAUGUUCUUUCUUGCAAAAAUCAUGCCUGCAUUGUCCACGGAAAAGUGUCGAACUGGUGCAGCGUCUUAAUUCAUCUUUGCGCUUUGGCACUCUCCCCCAUUCUCCUCCUAUUUUGGCAUUAAGAGGAAGCGUUGCAAUUGGAAACCUCAAUGAUAUUUCUCUCUCUCUCUCUCUGUUUGUGUGUGUAAAUUGCUAAGGCCUUUUAUGCAGCCUGAAGAGACAUUUGGUUCCAAAAUUCUCUCUCCCUGGGGAAUGUUGAUGAGGUCCCUGUGAAAAAAUAAAUCCCGUUUUUUAAAGGUAGCUUCUAACAAAAUGAGGCACUUCAGGGCUUCUGUAGCAACUGAUUUGAAGUUGGUGGCCAGGUUUUUUAAUUUUGCAGGGGUCCUCAGAACCUCAGCUUGCCUCUUCAACUUCAGAGACCCCUGGUAGUGCCCUUGUUUGCUACCCAGGCGCUCCAAAAUCUGUUUUUGUAUUCAUUUGGAGCUUUAUAUAAGUGCUUCGAGAUUUCCGAAGCAAUUUUAAAUUAGUGCCGAGAAGUAAAUGUGAGGAGAUAGGUUCCAGGCCUAGAAUUUUGUCUUUCUGACCCAAAUGAUCAUCUUUCUGCUAAGAGUCAAAGAUCUCAGUGCCUCAGAUCCUUCCCUCCUUUUUACAUGUUUGGCUAGAACAGGACCAGCUUCUGAUAUAUCCAUAGAGUAUAGAGCAAAUCUUAGGGAAAAUAAUGUCCAGAUAGGUGAUCUAGAUAAACCGAUGCUGUGAAUGUUGAGGCUAGAUUCUCUGUUGGGGUGGCUAUCGGAAAUUUCCUGCCCCGGUGACCCGACAGGAGAAAACCUCUGCUUUUCUUUCGUCCCCACGGGCAAGUUGCAGGCCAGGCGAGCAGCUGCCAAACGAGUUCAUCAUAAGCGCCCUUUGAAAGCAGAUGUAACAAUGAUGGAGAUACUUGAAACCUGCUUCUAAUCUGAACUAAAAGUACAACGCAUUAGAGAGCUGAAGACUCACCUGCAGGAAUUGUGGGUAGUAGCAUUGGAUAGAUGCUUUUAUUUCUUUUUGAAUGAGCAGGAUGCAGCUUGCAAAAGACUCUUAGCUCUGCCGCUGCAGAUCUGGGCAAGUUUACCUACACCAGAUUUGCCCCACCUAAGCCUGGAAGGAAAGCAGACCGCUGGAGAUUUUUAAAUACAUUGUUUUUUGGUGUGUGUUUUAUUUUGCAUAGGCUAUACACACGUGAUCUAGUUUGAAUUAAACAACCGUUUCGUCCUCUAAAUAAAAAGGUGCAUCUUGUAAA